UUAAUUUCGUUGUAUAGGUUACAAUGACAAUAAAGGACUAUACUACACUAUAAUAUACGUACUGUACUCAAUCAAACUGGACAGUUUCUCGACUAAAGUGACCCAUAUCUGAACUCUGCAGUUACACUGGUCACCACUAGGGGGGCACAAACCACAGGGGGUGUUACUACUAACCUGAAAAUGAUUAAUAGGCUGAAAUGGAAUUGAACUUGGUGACAUAAUGAAUAGACAUGAAACCUCAACAUGAGUCCACUGGUGUGAGUCCUCUUCCUCUGCUGCACAGGCUGCAGGACAGUCAUGUGACCAAAGGUGGACCAUGGAGGUGCAGUGUGACACAGGUGGGGACACUGACCUGACCAUGGAGUGUGAUGAAGAUGAGCCUUCAUCACUGCUGUCGUCUUCAUCACUGCAGGCUGAGGAAAAGAAAGAGGAUGAAGGUCUGAAGGUCAGGUCACUAGAGGAGGAGAUGGACCAAUCACAGACCAGACUCAUCUCCAUCCCAAAGCAGCUAAUGAAGAACUGCAGCGCCCCCACACUGAUGUCCUCAGCUGUUCCUCUGGGCUUCAGGUUGAACGGUCAGCUGGUCCCUCUGCUGCCUGGAGGUGGCGCUGCAGAGUUGAAGCUGUGCUCUCAACCCAGAGGUUCAGUCAGUGGCUUCACUGUCACUGUGACAGGAAGUCACCACAUCAACAACACCACAGCUCCGCCCACUGCUGACACUCACUGUCCAGCACCUGAGGCUCAGGCUAACUCCACCCCCAUCAUCACAGGUGUGAUCUCUGGGGAAGAAGCUCAGAAGGUUCUCAAUCAACAUAACCUCAACUUUAAAUUCACCCUGCCUCUCGCCAACCUGAAGACCCUGAAGACCCCGCCUCACAUACAACAUGCCCCACCCACCAUAACACAGCUCACUCCCCCAGCUGCAUUGAGGACCCUGGCUCCUCCCACCAGUAGCAACCGAACUGCUACUUCUCACAAACUGCAACUCAAAGGUCAGCAGGAACACGUGUCUCCUCCAAACUGUCUCAACUGUGCAUCACACUACAAAUUCAUCAAGCAGCUGCGAGGAUUCAUGUGUCUGUGCAGUCCUGGCAUUGCUCAGAGUCUGGAGAACCUGAAGAAGAAGAGGAGGAGCAGAGAAGAGAAGAUGACGCCUCAGAGGUCGUCUGAUGAUGUCCUGUCAGACCCUGAUAGCCCUGUUCCUGAGCCCGCCGACAGCCCCCUGCGGGAGUGCAUGGCUCCUCCCCCUGGCUCCCCUCAGGGUAAACUGGUGAUGCUGGUAGAGGAUUUUUUCUAUGGCUCUGCCCUUGGACGAAGCCCCGCCCACACCAACAGGCUGGGUCCACAGUACAGAGAAGAUUUCUGCUGUGUUUUCUGUCCCACGACAAUACGCAACAACAUCGAGUUUAUGAGUCACACGCUACAACACGACGCUGCCAUCAAACCCUCAUGUCCUUACUGUUACCGUCGCUUUCUCUCCCCAUUCAAACUGCAGUGCCACAUUGAGGGCGACCACAGCCGGUGCAUGUCCUCAGCCACAUGUCAGAUCUGUGAGCGCAACUUUGGCUCUGAGCCUCGUUUCCUGUUGCACAUGAAGAGGGCGCACAAACCAGGAGAGAUGCCGUACGUGUGCCAGGUGUGUGACUUCAGGUCUUCCUUCUACUCGGACGUCUGGUCGCACUUUAAGGACGUUCAUGCUGACACCAAGUAUCUGCUGUGUCACUACUGUCUAAUGGUGCUGGUGGAUGAGAGCAACUACCAACAUCAUGUGACCCAACACCAGAAGAAAUACAUGUUUGACUGUGACAAGUGUCGCCUUCACUUCCUGUACGCACAACAACGUAACAAACACCAAGAGCUGCACGAGACCUACAUCAAACCUGCUCAGCUCACUGGACUCACACCUGGAACCAAGGUCACAGUGAGGACUUACUCUGUGGUGGAAGGAGCUGAAAAUGAUGAGGUGGUGAAGAAAGUCGUUCCAUGCAAGGUCAUAAAAGUUGACUCACCACCACCUACACAGGAAGUGCCAAAGAGGAAAAAAGUGGAGAGCCUGGGCCCCCUGCUGUCCAGCCUCAGUGAGGAGGCUGGUGUCUCUCCUCUCCUCUGUGUCGAGUGUCUCUCGACCGUGCGUGACGUCAGGAAUCAUUUUCCGUCUUUGGUUCACUGUUCUCUCUGCAGGUUCAUCACCUGCUGCUCCACCUCCUACGCCAACCACAUGAUCAAUAAUCAUGUGACCUUCAAUGAAAACCAACCGUACCAGAGCAUCUUCCUGUCCAACCCUCGGUCGUCACACAGGUUGGAGUGUGUGUCGUGUAAACUCAGCACCUACAGAGGAGACGUGAUGGCCAAUCACCUGACAGAGAGACCUGAGCAUCACUGCAGAGUUCACAAAGAUUGGAGCAUUUACAGAGAACAGCACACACACACCUGUGACAGUGUGACAUCAGCAGGUGAUCUAGGACACAGUGGCUUCGUCCCCAUCAACUUGAUGUCCUCCAGUAAGAUGACGUCCACACAGCUGUCAGUCAAACCCCUCCCCUCCCCCUCCCCCCUCUGCUCUGAGCCGGCAAUGACCAUCAUCAUUGUAGGGCCACGCCCACAAUCUGAUCAGAUGUUGGCGUCCUCUCUGUCUGUCUCUCAGCUGGCAGCUGUUCUGUCCUCACUGUGUCACGGCGUCUCUCAGGCAUCACACCGCUGUCAGACGGCGUCCGCGGCGAUCCUGUCUUGGACCGAGCAGCAGGAGCGUGGGCUGUGUAGCAGGAAUUGGCACUGGAAGACGGCGCGGUUGGUCAGCUGGUUGCUGAGGCAGCGAGAGCUGCAGCUCGCUGUCAGUGAAGACGUGCUCCUGCAGGUCGCCACGACGUUCCUGGGACAGGACAGUCAGCUGUCGGAGCGCUACAGGUGGUCAGUGGACUUCAUGCUGAGACACGACAGCAGCUGCCUCACACUGCCAAUGGACAUCAGAGACAAAUGCCACACGUUCGUACAGUCCCUGCAGGACCAGCUCCGCAGCACGCGUCUCCAGCCUCGCUCCAUUGGCUGCAUGGACGAGUUCUCCAUCUUCAUUGGUCACAAAGCCUUGGAGGACCAGAACCCCACUGCCUUCCAGCUGUUUGCGUCUCCUGAGGUUGAACCUCUGCUCGAUGUCUUCCUGUCCACUCUGUCCGACGGAACGCUGCUCACGCCGCUGCUUUUCUUCAGAAGGACGCCGUCACAUGUCCCUGAAGGUUUCCCCAGCAACGUUCUGCUGGAGACUCGGCAGGACGGGUUCUCCGACCAGGAACGCCUGAACAUCUGGAUCAACAAGGUGUGGCGCCCCUGUAUGGAGGUCUCUGGCCAUAGCAGGGAGUCUGUCCUCCUGGUGGACAGUCAUCGAGGUCACCUGAACAGUCAGUUCAAGGACGACCUGUCCUCCAUCUCCACUGACGUCAUGGUCAUCCCACCAGGGUGCAGCUGCCGUCUGCAGCCGCUCCACAUCUGCGUGACACCCGUCCUGCAAGACUUCCUGCAGGCUCGCUGGACUCAGCUGGUGUGUCAGGGUGGACUGGACGGUCUGGGUCUGGAUCACCUGGCUCUGAUGUUCACCUGCUGGCUCAGUGAACUUUGUUCCACUCUCAACUCACAGACUGGCGUCCUGCACAGGUCAUUCAGCUCAGUGCUGGAUUCGCAGGUGAAGGACUGUGUAGAGGCAGUGACGAUGAUCAAAGACCUUAAAGAAGCUCUGAUGCAGACUCUGGAGACACCAGAACCUCAACCAGAACCUCAACCAGAACCUCAACCAGAACAUGAACCUGAAGGUCCAGGUCCAGGUCUGCUUCAGACGAAGGAAACGGUAGUUAUAGAACAGCCAGGAGGCGGAGCAUCACUCAGGUGUGUCAGCUGACCACAGAACAGUGACCCUGAACUGAUCACAUAAUCAAUGAAGAUCACAGACAUUGCUCAGCGUGACAUGUGUCAGUGAUCAGGUGAUCAGACUCUGACCACACCUCCUCAGCUCUGAUUGGUCCAAAACAGUAAAUUAUGAACAGAUGUUUUCUCCCUGGAACAUGAAUUUACUGACUGUACUAACACUGGCCCUGGAACAUGAAUUUACUGACUGUACUAACACUAGCCCUGGAACAUGAAUUUACUGGUACUGUAGUAAAAUAAACAAACAACAUUCAGA